CAGUCUCUCUGCACUCUCCUCUACCUCACCCAAGCACAGUAACAUAUUGCAAGCGCUUCAAAGACUUUGGAGAGGCUUCAAAACAGUCAGAUGGGAAGCUUGGGACAGGCUUUUGUCCAUGCUGUCCUCUGUUCUUCAGUUUCACUGAACUUUACAGCUGGUGGUCGUGUCCUCUGGGAGCAGCCACAUGCAUGCAGCCAGGUGUUUAGAAGUCAGUCUGCUGUAACCGAUGACAGACGCGCUGGGGAUAGUAGCUCAGUUAAAGCCUGAAUCUGUAAGUCCCAUUAAAGCUACUGUGCGUCAUGCUGUCCCUUUAAAGUCAUGCCAAUUCUUCCCUCCAUUCAUUGAAAAUGCACUUUUGAUAUAUCGGGUAAGGAUACAAGUAUAGGAACAAUGUUUCACACUUAUUAAAGACUGUGUGCAUAUGUCUGAAGAUACAAGCCCAAAGUUGAGUAGUUAUGUCCCCUUCUCUCAGCACAUGCUUGCAAACAGUUACAAACGAAUGUAUAACUGCACAAAUCACCACUGACUGCGGAACUGUGAGUUUACAAUAUGUUGUUACAAAUAUGAGUUAUUAGUGUACUGUUACAUAUGUUAGUCAUAAAAAUGAUGUGGUUUUACCCAAGAAGGACAUUUUCUGGGAUCGGAAUCCUCCUUUGUUGGUCCUGGAACAGAAAUCAUAGCCCUAAACAUAACCUACCCCUAUAAUCAGAGAGAAAUGAUUGGUUGAUAAGAAUGUUGUUAAAGUCCAUAAGCCUAACUCUAAACAUAACACUAAAAUCUGAUUGGUUGAUAGCAAUGUUGUUGCAGGACAAACAAGAAUGUUGAUCCUCAAAAUAAAUAAAUAAAUUCUAUGUGGGUAAAUCAGUUAUGCAUCCUCAUGUGGCUCAUUAGACUUUGCAUUCUAAGUGUUUCCUUACAACUGACACUCACUCGCACUGAGGUCAAAAGAGUGCAUAUAGUGAACCACUAUCUGUUUUAGGUACAUUUUUAAAGUUGGUAUUUAUUAAUUCAUGAUCUCAACACGUCUUCUCAAGAUGGUGGCUAGCAUGAAGUUGGACCUGCUGUUUAUAGAUUAAAAUCUUUUCUAGACCACCGAUAUGAAUGGAGUCUUCUGCUGCAUUCAUGUUGUGUCAGAAUUUACUGCAAUUACAAGAUGAUAACUCAGCACUUCUACUCUGAGCUGUUUACGUCCUCUGACUCAGAGAUUAUUGAGGCAAUGUACACAAUGGCAAAAUGGAUCCAACAUGUAAGGGUUUGACAGCAAUAUGAUAAUGACAGCAAAAUAUUUACCGUAAUCCCUGCUGUACAGAAAUUCAGGACAAACUUUGAUGUUGGAUUGACAAAGCCUUGACUGAAAGCUCAAAAUACUUUUUAAGUACAACAUUUAAAGAUUUCAUGGCCUCUACACUCAAACAAUGUCAGAUAAACAGAAAGAUGUUAGUUUUGACAGUUGGAGUUUGAAAUCACAAACAUUCUGUGCAGCAUUAAAAUGGACCCAAAAGUAUCAUAACAGUAAUCCAUGCGGCACUUGCACCAUAUUCCAAGACUUCUGAAGGCAUACGAUAUGUUGUGGUGCACUCAUGAAUGCACAGUGGUCGUCAAUAGGGUUGAGUGAUAUGACGAUAUAUAUCGUGGCGACAAUAUAAAGUGUCAAUCGAUGGAGAUUUUGCUAUAUCGUGAUAUACUGUAUAAAUAUCCAUGUGCGCAGUGGGGCGAGCCGGCCAAACACAAGUCAGUGUCACCCCUGGCAACCACUAUCAGCACUCGAAUGAGAAAAUUGGAGCACACCUGAUGCCAAUCCUGGCAUUUGAUCAGCCAGAGUAUAAACAGAGUCUGGGCAGAGGGAAGAGGACACAACGAAAACGCCUCAACCCAGAGACUAAUGUUUUGUAUGUUCUUCCAACAGAUAUAGAGUGAAACCUGUAUAGAGGCAUUAAAAUAUGGUUAUUUAAUAUAUUAUGAUGUCACAAAGGUGAAGUGGGUGAAUACAAUUAAUAAAAUACUUCUCAGAGUUACUAAGUUUGUAAAAUAAUUAUGGUAAUUCAAACAAAAUGUGAGUGUUCAUAUACAUAAAUAUAACCAUAUUUGUCAAAAGUACUAAUUAACGAUGUAAUUCUCCCUGAAUUUCUGCCCAACAAACGUCACUGGCCCUUUAAGACAGUGUCCCAGAGUUCUUUGCUUUUGCUAAAAGUAAACAAACCCGGACACUGGAUUUGAAUGAAAGUGUUACUGUAACUUUAACUCGAUAUUCGUCAAUACACUACAGCGAUUAAAUACAUUAGAGACAGUAGAUGCUUUUAACUGUUUGUUUUCUCAAGACUUAAGUUAAACGUAUUCAAAACAACAUGCACCUUUGCGAAAUGUAGCAUUUUGCUAAUUGACCUACUAUGAAAGCUACACAUAGUGGCCUUUGCACUUAUUCAUUACUACAUCUUGAAAACGACAUACUUUAUAUGUACACAAAUUGAAAGCCCAUAAAAUAUCUGCUCAAGAUAUAGUCUCUAAUUUGGCUGUUUUGUUCGGAGUUUGAUAUAUAUCUAUAAUGACAACACGGAAGAGAAAGAGGUCAUUAUUACCAAAUUCAGAGUCUGUCCUCAAUCAAACUGAUGGUGAUGUACUUUUCAAGAGACUCAUAAAGUCUCAGUCGCACACUUCCUCGAGGACUGUCCAUCAAAGUGUGUCGAAAGAUCAGCAUCUCAGCCCUUAUUUCUCAGUGAAAGAUGCUGUCAGGCUGGGUUACAUCUUUUUCAAUCAGCCCUGUGCUGAUUUGGCAAAAGCCUUUCUCGGUAAGGUGUUGGUGAGAAAGCUAUCCGAUGGCACUGAGCUCAGAGGAAGGGUUGUGGAAACUGAGGCAUAUUUAGGUGGGGAGGACAAGGCGUCCCACUCAGCAGGGGGUAAGCGCACAGAGAGGAACACUGCUAUGUUCAUGGAGCCUGGAACCAUAUACGUCUAUCCUAUCUACGGCAUCUACCUCUGCAUGAACGUCUCAAGUCAAGGGGAAGGGGCGGCAGUGCUUUUGCGCUCAUUGGAACCUUUGAACGGUCAGGACGUCAUGAGGGGGCUGCGAGCAGCCAAACGCAAGGAAGGAGCUAAAACCCUUAAGGACAAAGAGCUCUGCAAUGGCCCGUCCAAGUUGUGCCAAGCACUAGAUAUACAACGCUGCUUUGACCGCAGAGAUCUGGCCACUGACAGUGAGUUGUGGCUUGAAAGGGACCCAGAGAGCGAGACAGUUAAUGCAGGAGAGGUGGUGUCGGCCCCCCGGAUCGGAGUUGAUUCUCAUGGGGAAUGGGCCAUCAAACCCCUGCGCUUCUACCUCAAAGGCCACCCAUGUGUGAGUGUAGUGAACAGAGAUGCAGAACGUCAGAUGCACUCACAAUCCUGCACCCCUUCGUCUGUUCUGGGCCCCCAAAGAUUAACACGGGAAGGAGAGUCUGCUGAAAACUUUGCUGUUCAGUGAUGAAAAUUCUCUCAUCAUUUCCUCACCAUCAAGUCCUUCCAAACCUGUAUGACUUUCUUUCUACCAUGGCAUAAAAAAGGUAGAUGUCAGACAGAACGUUGGGAACUGAUCAGUCACCAUUCACUUGCACUGUAUAGAAAAAAAAAUUAUAUUGAAUUCUGACUCAGGCUUUCAGUCCUUAUGUUCUGCCUAAAGGUACCAGUAUACUUAAUGCUUUUCCGAUCAGAUUGCGCCCGGUCGACUGCAUUGCCUUUCAAUGUAUACUCUUUUCAUCGCGAGCCAGAACAACCACAUUUGACGUAUGCGCACUUCGACUGUUUUGUGAUACUCUUUUAGUACAGUCAAUGACUAGCACGUGCCGAUGAUGCGCACAGAGGACUGUCUGCGUGCGGACCAGAUUUUUCCGACACGCAGACAGUCCUCUGUGCACAUCAUCGGCGCAGACUGUGUUGAUGACAAAAUUUGCAUCAUGCACACUGUGCAUGGAAUGAUCUGCAACACGGACAACCAAAGUAUACUUUUGCCUUUACAUUCUAUGGAAGAAAGUCAAUCAUAUAGGUUUGGAAAAACAUGAGGGUGAGUAAAUGAUAACAGAAUUUAGAUUUUUGGGUGAACUAUCCCUUUAACAUGUUAACAAGUUCUGAACGUGUGGGUUUUGUAACAACUUAAAACUUCAACAAAUAGUCUUGUUAUUUCUGGAGCUCAUUGGUUUUACAGAUGUUUGGAAAACACCAAGGCAGUUACAACCUCUGUCCAACCUUUGGAAUCUCUUAUUCCUUUUCUCUUCCCUGUCGCUGAUUCUCUCCCCUAGUCUUUAGGGCAUGU